UGAAUAAGACCCGUCCACCGUGAUGAGGGUUGGCCUGCCGUGGUGUUCUACCCUACUAGUUGGUUACCCUUAUAGAGUAAAAUACUCUGAAUGGCCACCUAUACCACAGAGCGACCACCUUCUCAAAAAUCGGAAAUUAUGGCCUUAAUUUGUGAUGUGGGAGAAAAAACUUACUUCGAGAAGAAAGUGGAAGUCUCGAGGUAUUGCUUCGACGGACACUGGCUCUUGACCAAUGUUUAUCCUGGGUUACAGGACGUGUUAAAGUACUUUUUUGGGAAGGUGGCUGUGCUACGGUAGAGGCCGGCCAUUCGUUAUUUUACCCUAGCCCAACCCUUUACCAUUGGGAAACUAGGGUGCUUGGAUCAGGUAGAAGAAUAGGAAAAAUGGUGAAAAUAGAGAUACCUAGAGAUUUAACUUUACUAAUCUAACCUUAUUUGGGAGGCUGGGUCCUGAGGAGGAGGCCUCACUCCAUCGUCUCCUGGACACCUGUAACCUGACCAUCACUCUUCUGCUUAGAUUGACGAUUCAUAGGAGCCAGCAAGGUAUUAUCAUGGCUCAUAGUUCACUGAAUGGUGUAUCCCCUGACCAGGAGACUGAAUUCAAGUUUAGUAGCGGUCUUAGUUUAGAAGACAUAAGAUCAGAUCAGCAUAAUUUCUGCCGUGAAAGGAACUGGCACCAGUUUCACCCGCCAAGAAAUGUUCUUCUUGCUCUUGUUGGGGAAGUGGGUGAACUAUCAGAGCUUUUUCAGUGGAAAGGAGAGGUCACUAGAGGGCUUCCAGAGUUUUCUAGUCAUGAGAAGAUGCGUGUAGGAGAAGAAUUAAGUGACGUCCUCAUUUACCUUGUUGAUUUAGCAGAACAGUGUCAGAUAGACCUCCCUUCUGCUGUGAGGGAUAAGAUGAAGAAAAAUGCAGCUAAGUAUCCUGUCCAUAGAGUUCUUGGAAAGAGUGAUAAAUAUUCUGAUUAUCCUGAGUAUGAUUCAGAAAAAGUUGCGACGGACACAGUCCAGCACGAAAGAGAGGAGGGAGAUGGCAGUGAAUAGAAGUAACAUGACUGUAUAAAAUACUAUUCUCUGCUUCUUUUAUCUUCUCUUGACUUGAAUUUCUGUUUCUUUUUUUAAUUCCGUAAGAUUUUAUAAUUCUAGGUGAAAUAAAACAAAUAAGGUGUUGUGAGUUGCAUUUAAUGUUUGUAUGGAAGUAGUACCAAGAAACGCUACAAGUGAUUUUGUAUGUGACUGAAGAAAUUGUUGUGCAUUAGUGAAUUCUGAGAGUUGAGAGAGCAUGUAAAGUAACGAGCUUUAAUUCACUUAUUGUGUUUAUGGGAUAUUUACUGAAAUCAACGUACUACUCUGUAAUGAAUUCAAUUAAACUUACUACUUAAGGAAAUAAGUGCUCACUGUAACAUGUUGUUGGAGCACCGUGAAUGCUAAAGAUUAUAAUAGUUCAUAGGUAUUGAAGCUCUUCAACUAUUUGGGUAUUGAUAACUUUUCGUGGGGAAAAAUAUCAGGGUGACAGCUUUGUACAUAGGCUGUAUUUAUUGUUGCUGUACAGUCAAAUUUUAUGCGAGUAUCUUACACGAGACAGACUAUUUUAAUGUAUCUGUGCAGGAAAACUGUGUCAAACUGCAUUAUGUUUGCUGUAAGGAGUUGAUUCCUUAAAUAAUAUAAAUUUUUUCCCCUCAAGAUACUGAUGGUAUGAUGAUUAGUGAAGCUUUGAGAUGUUGCAGAUAAUUUUAUAA